AUGAAGCUGACCAUCUUCGCACUCAGUCCCUCUCUCCUCGGCGCUUCUGCGUACCCAGCAGCAGCAGACUCAGGCCUCGUCGGCUUCGCCAAAGACAACCCUGUAGGCGCAACAACAGGCGGCGCAGGCGGCGAAACCGUAAUCGUGUCCACGCCCUCAGCCCUUAAAUCUGCCGCAACAGACGCAACGCCUCGCAUCAUAUUCCUUUCCGGCAAUUUCACUUUGACAUCUCGCCUUUCCAUCGGCCCUGACAAAUCCCUAAUCGGCACCGGCACCGGCGCAAACAUCCUCUCGAACGGCUUCAACAUCAAGUCCGUCUCGAACGUCAUCAUCCGCAACCUCGGCAUACGAGGCGAUAUCGGCAACGACGGUAUUACAAUACAAAAUAGCACUCGAGUCUGGAUUGAUCACAAUGAGUUUGAGAGCGGUGGGUUCCCCGCGAGUGGCCCGGACAACGACAACGAGGUGCUCGUCGAAGGGAACGUUUUUAGCGGGAAUACAGCCGAGGCGCUGUCGACAUACGGACUAGUCAUCCCGAACGAUAGCCCAAACACAAGCCCUGAUGGCGAUUCCGAGCUCGAUGGGUUCGCAAAUUUGGGUGCGAAAAACGAUUGGGGCCCUGCAAGCGUCAACAUCACGAGGACAGGUGCUUUUACCGAGGCGCCGUAUGCGUACACUCUCACUGCGUUAGGCGACGUGAAAAAUGCGGUCAAGGCUGGUGCCGGGCUCGGUAAGAUCUAG